AUGGACGAAAUUGAAAUCCUUGCCCAUUUCCUCUGCCCUAUUUCCCUUCAACUCAUGAGGGACCUUGUCACAGUUUGCACAGGAAUCACUUAUGAUAGAGAAAACAUAGAAAGAUGGUUAUUUUCAUGCAAGAACAACACAUGCCCCGUUACUAAGCAGUGCCUAUUAGACCAUGGUCUCACUCCAAACCACACUCUACGCAGGCUGAUCCAAUCCUGGUGCACCCUCAAUGCCUCACUUGGAGUUGAACGCAUUCCUACUCCAAAGUCACCAAUAGGCAAAACUGAGAUUGUGAAACUCCUCACAGAAGCAAAAGGGUUCCCAGAGAAGCAACUCAAGUGCCUCACAAGGCUUCGAUCCGUUGCCUUUGAAGGCCAAAGGAACAAAACAUGUUUAGAGUCUGUUGGAGUAAUAGAAUUCUUGGCCACAACAAUGAAUAUAUCAGCACCAAUAUUGUGGGGAAAAGAUUCAGUCCACAUGGGCGUAAUUAUUUGCGAGUAUUUCACCCACCUUUUCACUCUUUUCUGA